ACUUGAUGUAUGAGCUCACAUCACAGGUGUUUGCACUUUACACUUUAUUAGGAUAUACUAGAAAGUGCAAGGGUGUUUAAUAUGGGCGAAUAAAGGAUCGAUCAGCAUUUUUUCGAUAAUGUGGGAGAAACUUUGUAGUCGAGUGGUUUCUGUCCUGGAUUUUAACCAGGCGACACUCUCCGGAUGUAUUGACAUCAUUUGUGUUAGGCACAAGGAGGUUAUAGAUGACGAUCAAGGUCAGUCCGCCGAAAAAUGGGUCUACAGAUCUACUCCAUUCCAUGUGCGCUUUGGAAAGGCCAAACUACUAAAGUCCCGUGAAAAAACAGUCUCAAUUUAUGUAAAUGAUGAACUCUCUGACCUGACCAUGAAACUUGGUGCAGCUGGAGAGGCGUUCUUUGGAGAAGAGACGGACGAUGAGGAUGCUGAUUUCAUAGAAAUGUCACCAGAUUCUUCUACUAGAUCUCCAGUUGAUGUUUUGUCAGAGGAUGAACGCUCUGGAAUGAUGGACUAUGGUUAUUGCGCAUACAAUAGCAAGGUGGUGAAUCCAGAAGCGCUAACCAGACAAGUUUCUGAAAAAAUUAUGCAAUCAAUCCCGGCUAUGUCAAACAUGAAUUCGGAGGAUAAAGAUCCUGAGGGCAACACGUAUAAAAUUAUACCCAAUGACAUGGCAUUUGAUGGUAAAGAGACAUCAAGAAGUGUAGAUGUCGACUCUGGCUCAAAGUCUUGGUCCUGGAAUUGGGGUGAUAUUCCCAGAAGGACAACAACCGAAACUACCACAGAUAAAAUUCUGCAAUUUUCCCUUUGCGGUCAUUUGUUAAGCUCUCAAGAUGACCACCUAAAUAGCGAACUUUUUAGGGCAAAUCUAGUGGAUUGGGAAAGAUUAGACAACGAUCCAUCACUUUGGUAUCAUGAGUCUUUGGUGGCUUGCUUUGAUGGUAGGCCACCAUAUUAUCAAUCUAAAAUUGCACUUCCACUUUUGGCUUCAUGGAUUGUUUUUAAUAAGCCAUUGUCGAUAGGGUCUAUAGAGAAACUACUAAAGAUGUCUUUGCAGGCCUCUAAAGACAGUGAAAAUGGUAUAUACAUCGAAACGAGGGAACAACCUCCAACAGAUACAUAUAGACAGGGAGAUUCAACAUUUAAAUCAUUGGGUAUCCCGGAUCCGUACAAAUUAUUUCGCUCAUCCAAACCUGUAUCUAGGAAGAGAUAUAAAAUAUCAUUGAGGCCGACAUCUGAACAACUAGAAUCACUUAAUCUCAAGUUGGGAGCAAAUAAGAUAACAUUUACCGUCUCAUCGGUACUUCAGGGAACUAAGAGCGUAAGUGCAACGAUAUAUCUGUGGCCAUCGGAUGCACAAAUUGUAAUUACAGACGUAGAUGGAACAAUCACUAAAUCAGAUGCUUUGGGACAUAUCAUGCCAAUUCUAGGUAGGGAUUGGUCUCAUGUUGGUGUCGCUGAACUCUUUUCCAAGAUUAGAGCAAAUGGAUAUUAUGUGCUUUAUCUCACUGCUAGGGCAAUUGGACAAGCAGAUUAUACACGAGAAUACCUUUUUGGAUUAACACAAAAUGAUAAGGAAAAACUUCCAGAUGGGCCACUAUUCUUAUCUCCGGACAGACUUUUAUCUUCAUUUAAACGAGAAGUUAUUACAAAAAGCGCAUACAUGUUCAAGAUUCCUGCACUUAGAGAUAUUAGGAAUCUAUUCGCCUCGGAUCAUAAUCCCUUUUAUGCAGGGUUUGGAAAUAACUCUUCAGAUCACAGAGCCUACGUUUCAGUUGGCGUUCCGGAAAGUAGAGUAUUUAUAAUAAACACUAGUGGUAUCAUCAAACACGUAAAUUCUAACUACGCACGAACGUAUGAAACGAUGAGUGAAAUCGCAGAAUUGAUGUUUCCUCCAAUAAGUUCAAAUUUUCAUAAAUCUUGUGAAGAUGAACGAUAUAAUUCAUUCCAAUUUUGGAAUUUUCCAAUACAUAUGGAUUUAACACCCCAAGUCGAUGAUAGGGAAGAUAACUGA